AUGGAGGAUCCCCCUUUGAGAGAGGAAGAGGAGGAAGAGGAGGAAGACGAGGCGGGCCCCGAAGGGGCUCUGGGCAAGAGCCCCUUGCAGCUGACCUCUGAGGACGUAUAUGACAUCUCGUACGUGAUGGGCCGUGAGCUGAUGGCCCUGGGCAGUGACCCCCGGGUGACGCAACUGCAGUUCAAGAUCGUCCGCGUCCUGGAGAUGCUGGAGACGCUGGUGAAUGAGGGCAACCUGACAGUGGAGGAGCUAAGAAUGGAGCGGGACAACCUCAGGAAGGAGGUGGAGGGGCUGCGGAGAGAGGGCUCGGCUUCCAGCCCGGAGGUGGACCUGGGACCAGACAAAAUGGUGGUUGACCUGUCGGAUCCCAACCGGCCACGCUUUACUCUGCAGGAGCUGAGGGACGUGCUUCAGGAGCGCAACAAGCUGAAGUCGCAGCUGCUGGCGGUGCAGGAAGAGCUGCAGUGCUAUAAGAGUGGCCUGAUUCCACCAAGAGAAGGCCCAGGAGGAAGAAGAGAGAAAGAGACUCUUGUUCCCAUAGGCAGCAAUGCCAGUAGCAACAAGGAGGAGAAGACAAUCAUAAGGAAACUAUUCUCUUUCCGAUCAGGGAAGCAGACGUAG